AAAGAAAUGUGACAAGUGUACCGUGUUGUACCGUGCACCUAUAGAAAUAAAGUUAAUUUUAUGUAUGGUGGGAUUUUUUAUAUGACCAAACAUAACCUGAAAUUUGAUGCUCAACUUAGUGAAAAUAAGUUACAUCUUGGUAACAUUCAAAAUCAAUGUGACGAUUAAGUAUGAAUACAAUUAUCCAUUGUGCUGCUAAUCAUAGGUCUAGUAUCAUGGCUGCCAAAAAACUUAUUUAUCCUGCAGCUGAUCGUAACAAGGAUCCAAUACUUUCCGUUCUUCGAGAGUAUAUUCAACAUGGUUCAAAUCAAAUUUUUUUGGAGAUUGCAUCUGGUUCUGGACAACACAUAGCUCAUUUUGCUCCUCAUUUUCCACAUAUUACAUUUUAUCCUUCGGAAUAUGAACGAAGAUUGUUAGAAAGUAUUGCUGCGCAUGCAAACGGUUUUGCAAAUAUAAAACAUCCUUUAAGAGUAGAUAUUACCACAGAUUUUCGUACUUGGGGCAAUGGUAUUUUUAAGGAAUCAAGCAUUGAUUAUAUGUAUAAUGCAAACAUGAUGCACAUUUCGCCUUACGAAUGUUCUAUUGGUUUAUUUCAAAAUGCAGGUAAAUUACUGAAAGACAAUGGUUAUUUAUUUACGUAUGGACCAUAUGCUAUAGAUGGAAAAAUAACGCCAGAAAGUAAUGUUAACUUUAAUAAAUCUUUGAAGAUUCAAGAUUCAAGUUGGGGUCUUAGAGACCUUCAAGAUUUAAAAGAAUUGGCACAGGAAAAUGGUAUUAAAUUACUAGACAUUGUUGAUAUGCCUGCUAAUAAUAAAACUAUCAUAUGGAAAAAAAUUUCAAAUGAAAAAUAAAGCUUGAUUUGUUAAGUUUAUUCAGCAUUAUUUUAAGAUAUUUGAAUUUCAUAAAAAAAUAUAAAUACUAUUCUCCAUGUAAUAUAAAAACUGUAUAUAUAUUUCAGAUUUGAUAAUUAAUACAUUAUGUUGCUUAUUUGUUAAGUAAUACUGUAUAUAUCUUUAUUAUCGUACGUUUUAUUAAUUUUAGUUUAAAGUUAUAUGUUCACGAGAUAUAAUUUUGAUCGAAAAAGUUCACAUUUUCUAAUCCUUCUGGUAAAUAAUUUAGUCCUGACUCAUCUUUAUGUCUCAUGUUAUAGUUUUUACCAUAUCCUGAAAUAAAAUUUACAUGAAA